AUACUCAAAUUAAAUAUCCCCAAAAGUCACAAGUCAAAAACCUCACCACCGUAUUUUUCACGCAGGCAGUGGGAGAGGCUGCAAAUAAAUCAAUCGGAAACACACCGUGACAUAGCAGACAUGUCUGGUGGUAUAGCGCGUGGCCGUCUCACUGAAGAACGAAAAGCAUGGCGGAAAAAUCAUCCUCAUGGAUUUGUUGCAAAGCCAGAAACACUUACUGAUGGUACAGUGAAUCUCAUGGUUUGGCAGUGUACCAUUCCCGGUAAAGUCGGGACUGAUUGGGAAGGUGGGUAUUACCCUCUUACCCUUAAUUUCACCGAAGAUUAUCCAAGCAAGCCUCCAAAGUGCAAGUUCCCCCAAGGGUUCUUUCAUCCCAAUGUUUAUCCAUCCGGGACUGUUUGCCUAUCAAUCCUUAAUGAAGACAGUGGCUGGAGACCUGCGAUAACUGUCAAGCAGAUUUUAGUGGGCAUCCAGGAUUUAUUGGACUCUCCCAACCCUGCUGAUCCUGCUCAAACCGAGGGAUAUCAUCUCUUUAUUCAGGAUACUGUGGAGUACAAGAAAAGAGUUCGUCAGCAAGCAAAGCAAUAUCCCCCUCUCGUCUAGAAUCUAGAUGCCAAUUUGUGGCUACCCAGUUUCAUGUAUUCCUGAUUUCUUGACCAUGGUUUGUUUUCUGUUGAUAUUUAAUGUGAACUUUGAUCAACUGGCCUGUUGACGAUUGUUGCAUAGAAGGCAAAACCUUCUUUUUAUUCGUUGAGGGCUCUAUGUUUCUGCCUAAA